CUUAACCAUAGCAAUAAAAUUGCUUAUAAGCCAAAAUCAUGAGCCUUCUCAAAAACCUCCCUCAUGUUCUGUACAUCCUAUGGAUGAGUUCCCUCUACUUUGCUGCAUCAACCGUUAAUGCAGCUACAUUCAAUAUUCGAAACAACUGUCCCUUCACUGUUUGGGCUGCUGCUGUGCCGGGUGGCGGCAGACAACUUGGCAAUGGCCAAACAUGGAUACUAAAUGUAAACGCUGGAACUAAAGGGGCUCGCAUUUGGGCCCGAACAAAUUGCAACUUCGAUGGAGCAGGACGUGGAAGAUGCCAGACUGGUGACUGUGGCGGUCUCCUCCAAUGUCAAGGCUAUGGUCAACCCCCAAACACCCUCGCCGAAUAUGCACUGAACCAAUUCAACAACUUGGAUUUCUUUGAUAUCUCUCUGGUUGAUGGGUUCAAUGUCCCAAUGGACUUUAGUCCCACCUCUAACGGUUGCACUAGGGGUAUCAAAUGCACGGCGGAUAUAAAUGGACAGUGCCCCGCUCAGUUGAGGGCUCCCGGAGGGUGUAACAACCCAUGCACUGUGUUCAAAACUGAUCAGUAUUGUUGUAAUUCUGGAAACUGUGGUCCUACAGACUAUUCUAGGUUUUUUAAAAGUCGUUGCCCAGAUGCUUAUAGUUACCCUAAGGAUGAUGCAACCAGUACAUUUACUUGCCAGGGUGGCACAAACUAUAGGGUUGUGUUCUGCCCAUGAAGCAAGUAUGAGGUCUGGAGGCAUACAUAAUGAUAUGUUUGUAAUGCAAUAAGAGUCUGAGGGCUUAUAGCUCUGUGAUCAGCACACGGAAUAAUGUGCCUUAUUAUGUAACACAAGGUUUUAGUACUAACCAUCUAAGCAAACUAUAUUUCCUUAA